AAGUGAGCGCCGUAGUGAUCCGAGUGGAAACUUCACUUACCUGGAUUACUUAAAUAAGUGUGUGUGCGUGUGUGCGUGUGCGUGUGCGUGUGUUCGUACUUGUGUCUCGCCAUCACAGCGACAUCACUACAUUAAAAUCACGAGGUGGGGUGAACCACUGAUGGCUCACGCGGGCCAGCAUCUCUACGGGUGUAUCCUUGAAAGCUGCCUCCACCAGCACGUCAUGCAUCCGACGAGAGAUGAUCUCGCGGUAGUACAAGACAGGAUGGUGGCUGACAGCAGGAGGGGUGCCUUGUAAACCACAGCCCACCACCACCACCACCGCCGCCGCCACUACCACCACCACCGCCGCCACCGCCAGCACCACCACCGGCACAGCCUCGCCUUGGCCACAGCGUCGCCAUGGGGAACAAGCUGUCAUGCUCCUGUGCCCCGCUCAUCAAGAAGACAGGGUACAGAUAUGAGGACUCGCCCUGGAACCCUGCGAGGCGGCGAGACGGACACUUGCUGAGGCUAUGGGCGGAGGUGUUCCACGUCUCCUCUUCAGGGUCUGGGACGGUGAAGUGGCAGCAGGUGAGUGAAGACCUGGUGCCUGUCAACAUCACCUGUAUUCAAGACACCCCGGAAUGCGUUUUCCACAUCACCGCAUACAACUCGCAGGUGGACAAAAUUCUCGACGUGCGACUCAUCCAGCCAGGCACUCGGAUUGGCCAGGCAUCAGAAUGCUUCGUAUACUGGAAAGACCCCGCGACCAGUGAUACGUGGGGCCUCAACUUCACCUCUCCCAUUGACGCCAAGCAGUUUAGGGAAUGUUGCUCACCCUCGUUCAAGUUCUCACGGAAGGCCUCCUCCUCCUACAAUCUCAAGCUGGAGCCGGUGCGGGGGGCGUGGGAGGGGGCGGGGGUGCGGCAAGGCGAAGGGGGGCGGAGGAAGCCAGUGUCCACCCCAGCCUCCCCCAGCCGGGCACGGGAACCCCAGUGCACGUGUAUGACCGCCGAACAGUACGCCAGGCUACGUGCGCAGGACCCCAGAUACAGAGGGGCGUCCACGCUGCCGCGCACCCAGGGCGGCCGCGGCGUGGUGGAGGGAACAGCGACGCGCCCCGCGGGGCACGCCGCAGCAGCCACACAGGCCGCCGCCGCUGCGCCCACACAGACUGGCGCGGGGGACACGCUGGCGUCGCGGCGCGGCGGCGCGGACACGUACUCCACCAUGAAGGUGGGGCGCGACCCCCGCCAGCCGCCCUCGCACCACGCCUCGCAGGCCUCGCUGCACCACAAGGCCUCCGCCCCGCUCACACGCAAGGAGGAGGCCGCCGCCGCUGCCGCCGCCGCCGCCGCCGCCUCGGGCGUGGCGGGGGCGGGCGCGGGUGGCGGUGGCGCGGCGGAGUCAGGCGGGGGCGGGGGCCGCGAGAGCCGCGGGCCCGGUGGGCGCGCCGCGCGGCGGGAGCUGUCCUCCAAGAGCGUGGACUACUCGGAGAUGGACACGGUGCGGGAGGGCGACGCCCUGCGGAGGCGCGCGCGCUCCCGCAGCACGGACGACGUGACCAAAGGUGAAGACGCCGAGCUGGCCCUCGAUAGCUCUACUCUUAAGAAAAUGCUGCAGCCCAUGGCAGGCGGCGACUCCCCGACGACCUCCCCGGAGCAGGCGUGGCCCCGCGGGGCGGCCCGGGGCGGGGCGCUCGACCAAUUCCUGCGGGGGGCCCUCGGCGGGGGGGCCCUCGGCGGGGGGACCCCUCCGGCGGGUACGCCGACGGCUUCCAGUCCGAGGGUGAGGGCCCCGCCCGCACCGCCUCACCCCGUCCCGGUCGGCCAUGAGUGUGUUGGGCGGGGGGUGGGGGGCGGGGGCGGGGGCGCGGGCCGCGGGUUCCGCCUGGACCUUGGCGAGCGGGAGUCGCCGCCGUCCGACCACCAGCUGUUCGACCUGGCCUGCUACGCCACCACGCCCUCCUCAAGCAAUUCGGACAUGGAGAACCAGGAGGCAGGCACAAGCUCCCCAACCUCCCAGCUCCUUCAGGAAUAUGAAAUGCACCUGAGGAACACACUGGCCAAGGGGAUGGACGCUGAAAGUUACUCCCUUCACACCUUCGAAGCCCUUCUCACCCAAAGCAUGGAGAAUCUAGAAGCAAUACUAGAGGACAUCUCAGCACCUCUCAACACUGGCACUCCCAAACGUCCCCCUGGCACUCCUGAGAGCCAUAGUGGCACACCCCGUGGGCAGCCCAGGCACUCGGCCCCUCCCCCUCCCCUUCCGAGGCACCCCAACAAGCGGGUCAUGACCAGGAGAAGAAGAAGAGCAAGAUUAUUGAAAGAGAUACAGAGGAUUCACAGCAAGUAUAUUCCUAGAACUGGCACUGUGUUGGCACCCUCAAGAAAUGGCAGUUCUCUAGAGCGCGCGGGGGGCAUGAAACCCACAGCCAAGCACAAUCAGCAAUACAUUCUGUUACAACAACAAAAACAACAACUACAACAUUACCAGCAAAAGUUAAUGCAGCAGCAACAACAACAGCAGCAGCAGGAAAUGCAACAACAGCAGCAGGAGCAGCAGCAGCAGCAGCAGCAACAACAACAACAACAACAACAACAACAGCAGCAGCAGCAGCAGCACCAACAGCAGCAGCAGCAACAGAGGCAGCAAUUACAGCAACAACAGCAGCAGUACCAGCAGUAUCAGCAGCAGCAGCAACAGCAGCAGCAGCAGCAGCAGCAGCAGCAGCAGCAGCCUCCGAUAAAAGUGCACCCGCCCACUGAGUCUGGCAAAAGAACCCUCAACAAGUACGGGACCCUGCCAGCCAGCGCCAGGGGGUCCGAGAGGUCCCUGCCAGCCGCCAGCAUGAGGGACGACAGGGACCACUCAGGCUACUACAGUGACAGAAAUGACAACUAUGGCAGCCGAAGGGACAUAUAUGACAGGGGAUACAUGAGUGACCACGAAAGGAGAUUCUACGACCGCCAAGACAGCAUCCGGUCUGGCUACAUGAGUGACAGGGAGCGUGGGUAUGCCAGCGACAGGGACUCCCGGGGCUACGCCAGUGACAGGGACCGCUCAGGCUACAUGAGUGACGGGGAACGUGGCUACCUCAGCGACAGGGAGCGUGGCGGAGGCGUGGGCGUGAUAGGCGGAGGCGUGGUGGGCGGCAGCUACCUCUCCAACCGCGACCUUGGCUACAUGAGCGACAGGGAGCGUGGCUACAUGAGUGACAGGGAGCGUGGAUACAUGAGCGACAGGGAGCGUGGAUACAUGAGCGACAGGGAGCGAGGCUACAUGAGCGACAGGGAGCGUGGAUACAUCAAUCACCGUGACAGGGAGCGUGGCUACAUGAGCGACAGAGACACACGCUCCUACGCCAGCGAGAGGGAGCGGGGCUAUGCCAGUGACAGGGGCGGCUACGGCAGUGACAGGGAGCGAGGGUACUCCAGUGACAGGGAGCACACAGCACUGGUGGCCCAGGCGUCCAUGGAGAGCGCUGACUCCAGGCUGUGCUACUUGACUUCUUCUGAGAUGUCUGACGAUGACCGCAUGUCCCUGACGACGGCCGUGAGUGAGGAUGAAGAUGGCGAGAGUGUGCACAACUCCCCCUACAAGGCGCCCAGAGCUGGCACCACCGCCGCCUCCUUCAACUGUACCGGCGCUGUCAGGAAGGCCGGGUUCCUGAGCGUGAAGAAAUGGCUGCUGAGGAAGAAGCACCAGAUAGAGCUGGCCCGGAAGAGAGGCUGGAAGGGGUACUGGGUGUGUCUGAAGGGAACCACUCUCCUCUUCUAUCCCUGCGACUCUCGGGAGGGCCGCUCUGUGGAGGCUGCCCCCAAGCACCUUAUCAUUGUGGAUGGGGCCAUCAUGCAGCCCAUCCCAGAACACCCCAAGAGGGACUACAUCUUCUGUCUGUCCACUGCGUUUGGUGAUGCUUACUUGUUCCAGGCGCCAUGUCAGGUGGAGCUGGAAAACUGGGUCAACAGCAUCCACAGUGCCUGUGCGGCGGCCUUUGCUCGGCACCGCGGCAAGACCGGCACUCUCCACCUGCUGCAGGAGGAAAUAUUCAGGAUUGACCGCGCCAUUGAGUCGGACUCCAAGCUGAAGCACAUGGCCGAGUUACAGCUGUCGGUGGUGUCGGACGCAGAGAGCAAGCAGCAGAUAAUGGGUCAAAUUAUGCAGUGGGAGGAGAAUUUAGAAAGACUCCACUGUGAACAAUUUAGGCUUAGAUGCUACAUGGCUUCCCUGCAGACUGGUGAACUGCCAAAUCCCAAGGGGCUGCUCACCCACGUGUCACGCACCACCAAGACAGUGCUAAACCGCCUGGGGGUGUUCACAGUCAGCAGUUUCCACGCUUACAUCUGUGCCCGCAGCCCCUCACUGCUCAACAACCUGCUGGCUGGCCGCGGUGCUACUAAGCGCAGAGCUCCAAUGUUAUCUCGCAGCAACAGCGUGUCUCGGAGGAGCCUGCAGAUGCACCAGGCUCUGGAGGGAGAGAAGCAAUACAAGGUCAACCUCCCUGACAACCAGACGGUGACGAUCAGCCUGAAGGACUCGAUGACAGUGGAGGAGUUCCUGGUGGCGGCAUGUGGCAGGAAGAACCUUUCCCCCAUGGAGCACUUCGUUAGGGUUCGCAAGAGGAGGGAGCUGGAGGAGAGCAACUACUUUGUGCCUCACAGGACUGACCUCAUUGAAAACUACCUGGCAACACACGAACUGGUGGAGAUAUGUGGCAAGAUUCUGUACCAGGUGGAGCUGUCAAGGUCAUCUCUGGAUCACAUGUGGGGCUUCAGUGUGGAGGCAGAGCUGAUUGAGAACUCUGAGCGGCAGGAUGAACUGUGCUGCUACAUCUCCAGAGUGGAGGACCGGUCGACAGCCAUGCAGAACGGCAUCAUCAAGGGUGAUGAGAUUAUGGUGAUCAACGGGGCCAUAGUGAGUGACCUGGACAUGAUGUACAUUGAAAGUGUGCUGCAGGAGGAGCUGGCACUGUGUCUUAUGAUGAGGUCUUCCCGCACUGAGCCCCCUGACCUGGCGUCCCUGAUGAAGACCACUGACGAGAUUAUUGAGUCCCUGGUGUGUCCCCCGCCACCCUCCGAGAUGUCCCUGAACGAAGAGAUGAUUUCCCGGAUGAUUGUUCCUGCACCCUCCUGGAACAAGAGUCUCGGCCCUGGUAAGGAGCCAGCGAGUCCAGACGGCUUCCCCCCGCCCCCCUCAGACACAUCAGAGCGGUCCAACGUGUCCUCACUGGAAAUUGAAAGCUACCUCAAAAACUCAGACCUGGGGGCUACUGCCGGUCCCCCGUGGAGAGGCGGCAGCCCCACGGGGUCUGUCGCCUCCACGCAGAGCCAGAGCCAGCUGACGCCCUCCAGACAGCUCAGCGACGGGGAACGCCUCAAGAAGGUCAUCCUGGAGCUGGUGGACACCGAGAAAACCUACGUCAAGCACCUGAACAACCUACUGGAAAACUAUCUGGAGCCCCUGAAGAGCGCGUCCUUCCUGAGCUCCGCCGAAGUGAACGCUCUCUUCGGUAACAUCAGGGAGAUCGUGGCCUUCCAGCGACUGUUCCUCCAGGCUCUGCAGGAGGCGCUGGACAUGGAACCUGGAUUCCCCGCCUUUGACAGUCCCUAUGAGUUCAAGAAUGUCCUCUUCUCCAUUGGCAGUGCUUUCCUCUACUACGCCAGCCAGUUUAAGCUCUACAGUUCAUUCUGUGCGUCUCACUCCAAGGCGCAGAAAGUCCUUCACCCAAGCGAGGGUAACCAGGCGCUGCAGGAGUUUUUGGCGUCUAGGAACCCCCGCCAGCAGCACUCGGCCACACUGGAGUCCUAUCUGAUUAAGCCCAUCCAACGUAUCCUGAAGUACCCCCUCCUCCUGCAGCAGCUCAAGGCCCUCACCACGCCCGGCUCAGACGAACACCGCCACCUCCUGGAGGCGCUGAAGGUGAUGGAGAAGGUGGCAGAACACAUUAAUGAGAUGCAAAGAAUCCAUGAAGAGUAUGGAGCAAUAUUUGACCACCUCUUCCGCCAACACCAGAAGUCUUGCAAGCAGCCAGUGGACCUGUCCCCGGGUGACCUGCUUUACUACGGCGGUGUGGAGUGGCUGAACAUCUCGGACUUCUUGGGCAAGAUCAAGAAGGGGCUGGAGCUGCAUGCCAUGUGCUUUGUGUUCAAGACAGCUGUGGUGUUCCUGUGCAAGGAGAGACUCAGGCAGAAGAAGAAGCUCAUGGUUAGCUCUGGGGCAGCACCAGGGAAGAACAGCGCGUCAGAGGUUGAAAUAAUAAGAUACCAGGUAUUGAUUCCCGUCACGGAGGUGCAGGUACGCGCCUCGUCAAUGAAGGAUAUGGACUCCCACUUCUUAUGGGAGCUCAUCCACCUCAAAAGUCAACUGCAGAGGCGCUCGGAAAAGGUGUAUCAUUUGUCGAACAGCACGGCAGAAUUCCGAAAUGCAUUCCUGAAGACAAUCCGACAAAUUAUCAGGGAGAGUGUGAGAAAUAUGAACAUUCCUGCCAACAAGCCCUCCUCCUCCUCCUCCUCCUCCACCUCCGGGCUGGGCACCAAGGGCUCCACCAACACCCUGCAGCCAGUACGCUCUGGGGGCAAGAAGAAGGCAAACACAGGCCAUCAGUCGGCAACCCUGCAAAGACACUCGGCUGGCAAUAUAGAUUAUGACAAUUUGGAAACUUAUGAUAACGUGCCAGACUCCCAACACGAGUACCAUCACCAACCUCACCAGACCAACAACAACUUGAGAACCAGAAGCAAGACUGUCUCUGAUGCUAUGGACGAGCUCAGUGACUCCACCACCAAGAGUGACGGAGGGAAGGAGGAGGCAGGCACAAGGUCGGAGGGAGAGGACGAGGUGAUGGAGACCAAGAAGAAAGCCACGCUGGGCCGCACUCCCAACCACCUCUCCCUCUCCACCACCUCCACUCUCUCCACGGGCUCCACCGGCUCCAUGGCCAAGCUUAUCCAGGCAUCCAAUCAACCAUCGCAGUACCAACCCACACGUACCCUAGGCUCUCCCGUGUGGAAACCAAGGGACGUGUUUGCGUCUGGCGGCGGGGGUGGGGGCAGCGGCCAGUCCCAGACCCUGCCGCGGCCUGGGAAGAGUGGGGGGGGACGGGAGGACCACUUCUUGGUGUAUGAGGAAUAUGGUGGCAACAUUUACACCAGCAGCAAUGACAGUGAUAGCUGGACUGGACAAGAUGAUGAUGAUGAUGAUGACGAUGAUAAUAAUGACUACAGCAGCAUAGGGAACAAAACUAAGAGCAAGAGGAGAAGCUGGGGUGUUCCUGCACCUGCCCCCCCUCCCCCCAGCAUUCCACCCCCCCGCUCCACCCCUCACCACCACCACCACCCUGACACACCACCCAGGCCCCCUCCACCCUCCCGCAAUGGCUCCCAUGUCACUGUUAUCCACACUAAGGGCUGUCCCUCCUCCACCUCCCAUCCACCCCCUUCCUGGCCCUCCUAUCCCUCUCCCCUUUAUCUCAAUGGCCACGCUCCCCCUCCUACACCCCCGCGCACACACACACCCAGGCAACGCACAUACACACACACAGACACACACAGAAAUGCACACAGGGGUCAUAACAUACACAGACCACACAGUCAGACGCACACAACAGACACAGCGAGGAUACACACGCACAGACCCCACAGUCACAUGCACACAGGUACACACAGACGCGCACACACACACGUACAUGCACAGAAGGCACACAACCACCACAUACCACGGAUACACACACAUACACACACACGCACUAGAGGAGGGAGAGAGGAGGAGGAAGACCAAGGAGGAGGAGGAGUGGAGAUAGGAAGGCUCUGGCCAGGUUUCCCAAAUUCUCAAGGGGGUUUUGGAGGGAGGGGGGAGGGGGGGAGAGUCAUGGGGAGAGGGGAGCAGAGGGGGGGAGGGGGAGGGCAGGGCAUGACUAUUGAUUCACUAUUACAGCAACUGCGAGCACUAUCCUGAUGAAGGACCAAAGACCACCAACACUGCAGCCUUCGUUGUCCAAUCAGCUGCCUUGCUGCCUUGCCUCUCGACCAAUCACAGCCAUGCUGCCUUGCCUCUCAACCAAUCACAGCCAGUCACAGCAAACCCCGUCCCCUCCAAAGCUCAGCCAGCCAAUGAUGUGCCUCCCAGCCACACUCAGCAGCCAAUCAGCAGCAAGAAUAACACUCGUCAACCAAUCAGAAAUGAGAUAGACUUUUAAAUUUCUGGUUUAAUUUUCUCUCUCUCUGUCUCUCUCUCUCUCUCUCUCUCACGACAAAGGUGUACUAAUUAACCUGCGCAAUUAAUUAAGCUUUAAUUUACCUGUCCGCACACUUACACUCAUACAGACAGACACAGUUCCUCCUUACAUUGUCAUUUUCUAAUAUUUUACUGAUUAUUAUUAUUAUUAAUAUUAUUAUUGUUGUUAUUAUUUACUAAGACUGUGAUGUUGAAUAAUUAAUUAAAGUGAAGAUAAUGAAAAGUA